CGGAGCUGUAAAAUAGCCCCGGAAGUAGUGGAGCAUCACGGGUAAACACGUGUGGCUCUGUGGUGAAAAUCUUACGAAAACUAUAAGUUAAUUUUUUUAUCUGGCUCUUUUAAGAAGAUUAAAUCAUCAUGACCUCCAAAAAGGCUGUGACCGUUGAUGACCGCUUCUCUAAGGUUAAAAAGGACCCUCGUUUCUGGGAGAUGCCCGACAUAGAGCGCAAAGUCAAGAUCGACAAGCGUUUCCAGUCCAUGUUUCAUGAUAAACGCUUUCAGCUGAAGUAUACAGUCGAUAAACGCGGUCGACCUGUCAACCACUCCUCCACUGAAGACCUCAAACGCUUCUACAAGCUCUCUGACUCAGAACAGUCUGACGAGGACGAGAAGGAGGAAGACAAGACGGAAAAGACCAAGAGGAAGAUAAAGAAGGCCAUACAGUUAGAGGCUGAUAAGGAAGCUCAAGCUGAGGAUGAUGAUGAUGAUGAGAGGGAUCUUUCAGAAAAAUCCUCAAAGAAAGCCAAAAAGAAGUCAAAAGAUCCAGAGAAAAGUAAACCAAGCACAGAGAUGCCAGUGAAGGGAGUGAGGGUGUUUGAAGAAGAUGAGGACAAGGAGUCUGGUUUGGAAGAGGAAGAUGACGUCAGUGUGGAAGGGGGUUCUUCUGAAGGCAGUGAUGAUGACGAUGAUGUUGAUAAUGAUGAUGAAGAUGAGAGUGAGUCAGAUGAAGACAGUGACAGUGGGCCUGAUCUGGCCAGAGGGAAGGGGAACAUUGAGACCAGCUCUGAUGAAGAUGAAGAUGGUGAAGAUGAGGUGGAGAAAUAUCUGCAGCGUGAGGAAGAGGAGAUUGAGCACGACUGGGGCGAGAUGUGGAAAGAUGCUCCACGCACUGAGGAUACUUCACAUCGGUUAGCAGUUUGUAACAUGGAUUGGGACAGACUGAAAGCAAAAGAUCUUUUGGCUCUUUUCAACUCUUUUAAACCCAUAGAAGGCGUGGUGCUGUCUGUGACCAUCUAUCCAUCUGAGUAUGGGAAAGAGAGGAUGCAGGCAGAACAGACUCAAGGUCCGCUGGAGCUCACCAGUCUCCCGGAGAACCCUGAUGCAGAUACAGAAGAGCAGAGGAUUUACAGAGAGAAGGUGCGUGAUUACCAAUUCAAACGUAUGCGGUAUUAUUACGCUGUGGUGGAGUGCGACUCAGCUGAAACGGCGGCAAAGAUUUACGAGGAGUGUGAUGGCUUUGAGUACGAGAGCAGCUGCUCCACUAUCGACCUGCGAUUCAUCCCUAAUUAUGUGACGUUUGAUGACGAGCCAAAAGACAGAGCCACAGAUGUAGAUUACGCUUCAUACAAACCCAAACUCUUCACAUCCACUGCCACCACUACAGCCAAGGUUGAGCUGACGUGGGAUGAAACUGAUCACGACAGGGUCAUGGCUCUCAGCAGGAAGUUUAAUAAGAACGAGCUGUUGGAUAUGGACUUCAAGGCUUAUCUGGCCUCAUCCUCCAGCGAGGAGGAGGAAGAGCCAGAGAAAGAGACAGAAGUUAUAAAGCCGGUCGAGUUUCUUCCUGAGGAGAAGAAUUUAAGUAAAAGGAAGAAAGACUCGGAUCAGAUCGAGAAAUAUAGAGAACUACUGAGGAGCAUUCAGGACAAAGACAAACAGAAGGACAACAACAUGGACAUGGAGGUCACAUGGGUACCAGGGCUGAAGGAAACAACUGAGAAGCUUGUGAAGAAAAAAAUGGAGCGCAAAGAUAAACUGACUCCAUGGGAGGAAUACCUGCAGAGGAAAACUGAGAAGAUGAAAGAGAAGAGGAAAGGAAAGAAGGAAGUGAUGGAUGCAGAGCCUGAGAUCAGUGAUGAUGAACUUCCAGCUGAUGUUGACCUCAAUGACCCCUUCUUCACAGAGGAGCUCUGCUCAAUACAAUCCCUGAAAAACAAAAAGAUCAAGAAGGGCAGGAUACAGGAUGAGAAGAGGACAGUAGAAGAGGAGGAAGUGUUGCAGAGACAGAGGGCUGAGAUGGAGUUGCUAAUGGAUGAUGAUGAGGAUGACAAGCACAAACAUUUUAACUAUGAUAAGAUCGUAGAGCAGCAGAACCUGAGCAAGAAGAAGAGGAAGAAGCUCCUGAAGAGCAACACUCCACUGGAAGAGGACAAAUUCCAGGUUGAUGUUCGGGAUUCUCGCUUCCAGGCCAUGUUCACAUCCCAUCUGUACAACCUAGAUCCGUCCGAUCCGGCCUACAAGAAGACCAAAGGCACACAGAGCAUCUUAGAGGAGAAACAGAGGCGCAGAGAAGAGGAGCAGCGUGGCCAAGAGGGGGCGCUAAAGAGCAAAUCCAAACCAGAGGCCGCAUGCGCAGGAGACACAUCCUCCACUAAAGUCAUGGACCCUAAUUUAUCAAUGCUCAUCAAAUCCAUCAAGAACAAAACGGAACAGUUUCAAGCACGCAAGAAACAGAAGACGAAAUAGAGUCUGGAAGGCAUCUUGUGUAAUUGUUGUUUUCCCUGUUCCCUUUCUAGUGGCCAUGGGGACUUAUUCAUGCUAGGAGGCCAAACUUAACGUUUGACUUGAUAAUAACUUCCCAGUUAUUUCCAAUUCAAAAACAUUAAAACAGCUGUAUUCAGACUGAGAACGGCCAUUUUUGACUUUUGGAACUUAUAGCGUCAGUCCAAACUGCACUGAAAUCUGAUCUGUUUCUUCACACAGUGUAGUCAAUAAGUUUGUGACUAAAGCAUCAAUAGAGUUGUUUUCUUCUAAAACAACAAGGAUAUUUUGCUGCAUAGUGCGACAACUCUUUUGUUUGUAACACUUUACAAGGUUGGCCGAAUUGGUUAACAGUUAAUGCAUUAGUAGCAUAAACAAACAAUGAAUAAACAUUUGUAUGCAGCAUUUAUUGAUCUAGUUUAACGUUAAUUUCUAAAUAUAGUAUUCUUCAUUGUUAAUAAAUUCAGUAUACAUUUAUACAACUUAAAAUGUAAAAAUGUAUCAGUUUAUGUAGAAAUGAAUAUUAACCAAUUGGCGUGGGUAAAUAAAUAUCAAUUUCCCAAUG